AUGAACUACCGACAGUCUUGGGCACAGACCUUCGAUCAAACAGCCAAGAUGUCACAACGUCUUGACAAUACGAAAUGGCUGUGGUGCCUGCUGGCUUUGCAAGCUGGCUCUAUUUGGGGACAAGCACGAUCAGUCACGGUUCGGACUCCUCCCAGCAAUCCGUCGACCAUAGAAGCUCAGGCUAAAUUUUUCCAGGAUUUUUUCUCAGUACAGUUGAGUCCGUACAAGAUAGAGUUCGGUCAUGUCUGCGAGGACCCCAACACUUGGGAGCAGCGCUAUGAGAAGAAAGACUUUAAGAACCACAGGGACAUGGGAAAAGUACGAUGGGGCGACAAAAAGGGAGGUUACGGUGAACACUACUGGGAUCUAAACCACGCAGGAAAUGCUGAUAACAUCGGAGAUGAUGGUGAUGAUGGUUCCUACCACGAGUCCCAUAACAGUGACCCCUACGAUGAACCCAGUGACAACCUACCAACCUACGGCAAUGAAGAGUACGACCCAGAAAGAGCCAGCUAUGAAGAAAGUGGGCGAGCUAAAAGAGCGUACCCUAAAUCAGAUAGACCACGCAAACAAGAGAGAAAACAUCACAAAUCCUCUGAACAAGAAUCUGAAGAGGAACCUAGACCUAGAAAGCAAAACCGCAAUAUCAAAGAAGAGCCAGAACCAGCAGAAACAUCCCAAGAAGAAGAAUAUGAAGAAGACCAUGACGAUGAAUCUUAUGAAGAACCAAAGCCAAAGCGUCAACAUCACAGAAAGAAAGAAGACAAUCAAAAGCCAAAGGAGAAGAAACAAAUAGUAUUAGUUGUAAGCCACAAAGAUGACGAUGACGAUAAUAAUCAACCACCACAACAACAGCAACAGGCCAAUCAGUAUACGCCUCAAACUCAACAAGAAUUCUCACAGUAUCAAACGCAUCUGCCACAGAAUCAAAAUGUACAAGCUCAGAAUUUGCCUAGCCAGCAAGCUACAUUGCCUACAUACGUGCCUAAGCAGUACUUAGAACCACCUCGCUUCGUGCCUUAUGAAGGAGGAGCUGGAGUAAGACAGCAUCAGCAACCAGAAGUUAGUGCAGCCACCACGGUUCCAAGACUCUUCUUGGAACCUUCAACGGGCCAUGUAGUGGACAGGGCGACUGGCCAAGCGUACGUGCUGCAGCCAAUAGCGGCACAUAAUUACAAUUAGAAAGUUGCAGUAGAUUAGUUUAGUAAAUGUAGUUUUGUUAUAGUUAUUUAUUUUUGUAAUUAAACUUACGUUAUUGUUA